GAGAGAUUUGUUUAAUAAUGUUUAGUUUUAAAAAAUGUAAUUAUUAUUAUUGAGGAAAAACUAGCAAAAUGCUGUAAAUAAAAAAUGUAAAUAUAAGAAAUAGUGAAUAAAGGUUAGACACAGGAAACUACAGGAUGCACAGUAAAAAUAAUCACGUAAUUCAUUUAAUUGUGGGUGAUCGCGAGUGCGCAUGCGCAGAGCUGUAAGGGAUUAAUAGUGCACUAAUAACGCUGAGCUCUUCACACGGAGGCGAGGAGAAACACCGCUAAUGACAAAAUGGCAUCAGUUAACGAGCUACAUUAUGGACACAGAGACUCUGUGGAUCAGAACUUUGAUUACAUGUUCAAGAUCCUGAUCAUUGGGAACAGCAGUGUGGGAAAGACCAGCUUCCUGUUCCGCUACGCUGACGAAUCAUUCACGCCGGCGUUUGUCAGCACGGUCGGCAUUGACUUCAAAGUCAAAACCAUCUACAGGAAUGACAAGAGGAUCAAACUGCAGAUUUGGGACACAGCCGGUCAGGAGCGAUACAGAACGAUCACUACAGCGUAUUACAGAGGAGCAAUGGGCUUCAUCCUGAUGUAUGACAUCACUAAUGAGGAGUCAUUCAGUGCUGUUCAGGACUGGUCCACUCAGAUUAAGACGUACUCCUGGGAAAAUGCUCAGGUGCUGUUAGUGGGAAAUAAGUGUGACCUGGAGGAGGUGAGAGUAAUCACUGUGAACAGGGGGAGAGAACUGUCACAGCAACUCGGUUUGGGUUUUUUAGAAACGAGUGCGAAGGAAAAUGUGAAUGUGAAGCAGACAUUCGAGUGUUUAGUCGAUUUAAUCUGUGAGAGAAUGAAGGAUAAUCCAGACGCAGUGACGAACAGCAGCAAUCCUCAAGGGGCAGAUCUGAACAAACAACCACAACGAUCACACAAAGACUGUGCAUGCUGAACACACACACACACACACACACACACACACACACACACACACACACAGCAAACACACAAGUAUAAGAUGACAUAUUUGAAUCAAAUCCCAAUGAAUUCUAAUAAUUUUUAUUACAUGUCAACAGAAAAAGCUGCAAUUUAAUUCAGUUCUAUUUUUGUUGGUAAAUAACAUUAGGCACCAUAAAGUGUAAUGUGAGUUUAAACUAAAAGGAGAGAUUUUAUUUAUUAAAGGAGUUUAUUAUGGUUUCAAAACUGUCGAAAAAGAGCCAAGAAAAUGUGAUCUGUAUCUUUUAUUUAUUUAUUUAUUUAUUUAUUUAUUUAUUUAUUUGCAUGUUAUUGUCUGUGUGAAGUAGAAAUCAGUUCAAUAUUAAGUGACAAAUCAAAAGUAUAAUUAUAGACAGAUGUAUAAAUAUAAAUAUAAAAUCUUUAAGUAAAGAUUCUGCUGUAAUGUGAUUUGUAAAGUUAUUUUUCCUCCUCAGGAAUAAAUAUGUUUAACUAAUAAUCGAAUGUGGAUGAUUUCACACAUAUUUCAACAUUAGUUAUUGUGUCAAAAGUAGAGCUUACUGCACAUGCG